AUGUACUUCUCAGCCAAAGAUCACAGUGGCUGCCUAAGGGACACGCCGCUCUCCUUGGUGCGCUCGGGCAGACUAGACAGGCCAGACAGACUAGAGAUAUUCGACCAGUCGGAGAAUCCAGGCCUCGAGAACAUAGAGGUUGUCCUCGAGAACAUAGAGGAUCUUGCUCUGCAUAGCGAAGGCAGCCUCGAGGUCAAUAUCAUUGCCAACGUAGAACUGCUUGCGUUUGUCCUGCCUGACUCGCUCAGCGUCAGCCUCGUCAAAAGGGAGCAUCAUGCGGCGCAGAGUGAUGAUGUCCGCAAUAAGCGCGUCGAUGAUGGCAGACUGGGCCUGGAUGAACUCAAAAUGUUUCUGCGCGAGGAUCUGCAGCUCCUGGAGAUAUUCAGGUAUGUCCAAAUCGUCAGAGCUCAUAGGGACGCUGCGCCAGUCCCAGGGGAGCUCCCAACCAUCGUCGAAACAGAUGCCAUUGAAGAAGAAAUCGCUAUGCAUGUCAAAGACAAUUGA